GACCGGUGUGAUAAUAUGAUAGUCGACGGUUGAGUGUUCGAUAUUGUAAACGCGUAUUUGGUUAAUGUCCGUCGUGAAUUUGUUGCCAACUUUAUUAUAAACUAUAAUUUGACUCCGAAUACAGUUUUAAUUAUGACUUACAAACUAACAUACUUCAACUUCACUGCUUUGGGCGAACCCAUCCGAUUCCUGCUAUCUUAUUUAAACAUUGAUUUCGAAGAUAAUCGUAUCGAAGUCGAACAAUGGCCAUCAGUCAAACACACCAUCCCGUAUGGUAAACUCCCGUUGUUGGAAAUCGACGGUAAAGUAUUGAAUCAAUCUACGGCCAUCUGUCGUUAUUUAGCUAAAAAGGCUAAUUUAGCUGGUAGCGAUGAUUGGGAAUCUUUAUUGAUAGAUAUCGCUGUUGAUAAUUUUCAAGAUUUUCGUCUAAGUAUAAUAUCGUAUUGGUAUGAACAAAAUGAAGAAUCUAAAGCUGCAAAAUAUGCAACGUUGGUCAAUGAAACUAUUCCAUAUAAUAUGGAACGAUUUGAAAACAUUGUUAUUGAAAAUAAUGGAUACUUUGUAAACGGAAAGUUAUCUUGGGCCGAUUUAUUCUUUGUUGGAAUUUUGGACUACUUAAAAUUCAGAUCAGAAAUUGAUUUAUUGAAAGAUCGUCCUAACUUACAAGCUCUCCGAGAAAAGGUAUUGGCAGUACCCAAAAUUAAGUCAUGGAUUGAAAAACGACCAUCAACUGUUGACAUUGCAUAAUUUCGUCAUCUUUGUUGAACAUAAUUAAUUAAAUCAUAUCAUACCCAAUAUAAAAUUAGAUUAAGUAUUAUAUAUAUUUGAACACAAUAUUUAUUAACAUUUUAUGUAGAAAAAUAAACGAUAUUUACAUUCAGUGGCUACAA